AAAAUAAAAAAUUUAGCACGGUGGCAUCUUUUUUAAGAAUAAAAUAAUAAUUAAACAUAAAUAAUUUUUUUUUAAAAUGAAUUAAAUCAAUAAUUCUAUAAUUUCUGCAAACACUGUAUAAUGUUUUUUUGAGUAUACGAAAACACUUGAACACAAAAACAUGGACGAAAAAUUGAAAUAUUCGCUCCUCCGCGGCGAUCUUGUCGACAAUCAGAGUGUGUGGACAAGACAUGAGAAACGUGUCUGGUUUUUUACAUUGCUUACAGGCACAUGCAUGUUAUAUUCGACAAGAACAACGAUGCCACUUCUUGUGCCUUCGGUGGCCGCUGAACAAAAGUGGAGCAAAACCGAUUCGGGAACUGUGCUAAGUUCAUUCUUUUGGGGCUAUACAUUAACACAAGUUGUUGGUGGAUAUUUUAGUGAUAAGUUUGGCGGGCAACGUGUGAUAUUAUUUGCCGCUUUAGGUUGGUCAUUGAUAACUGCAUUUAUGCCAAGUAUCAUUUAUGCAGCACCAAGUUUCAAAUCCUAUUCCAUUCCAUUCAUUGUAACGAUAAGAAUAAUCAAUGGAGCCUUUCAAGGGGUCCAUUUCCCUAGCAUGAUAAGCUUAACUAGUCAAAACCUUUGCUCAAUGGAACGUACAAGUUUCUUCGGCCUUCUAACAUCCGGUUCAGCCAUGGGUACCCUGCUAACUGGCAUCCUUGGCUCUUUCGUACUCGACUACUUUGGAUGGUCAUCGGUAUUUCGAGUAAUAGGUUUUCUUGGAAUAUCAUGGGCGUUAUUUUUACGCUACUACACCAUGGCUGGCGAUAGAAAUCGCAUCAUCAAUGUUUCAGUGCCCAGUAGACUAUGCUCAAAAUCAUCAGAUUCUGUGCCGUGGUUAAGAUACUUUGGACGUCUAUCAUUCUGGGCAUGUGUACUAACACAUGCCUGUGAAAUGAAUUGUUUCUUUGUCUUAUUAUCAUGGCUGCCAACAUAUUUCCACGAUACAUUCCCAUUGGCUAAGGGUUGGGUAGUAAAUAUGAUACCCUGGUUAGCUCUGCCGCCAUGUACGUUCUUUGCAAAAUAUCUCACAACACAUUUAACAGCCAGAGAAUGGAGCACAUCAAAUGUGAGAAAAAUAAUUCAAAGCCUCUGCUUUGCAUCACAAAAUAUUGCGCUUUUUAUUAUGAGUCGAACAAAUGAUUUUCAUACAGCACUCAUAUGUAUGACUGUGAUUAUUGGUGGCACAGGAUUCCACAACAAUGCAGUCACAGUUAACCCACAGGACUUGGCCCCAUCACACUCUGGCAGUGUGUUCGGUCUAAUGAAUACAGUUGGUGCGAUACCCGGUUUCUUGGGUGUCUACCUAGCUGGACAUAUUCUCGAGCUUACACAAAGUUGGCCAGCAGUAUUUAGUACUGCUGCCAUUAUCAAUCUUAUUGGUUGGAUUAUAUUUGUUGUUUUCGGUUCAGCUGAUGCUAUUGUGUGAGACUAAAGACGACAACACAUUCCAAAUGGAAAAUAAUUUUUUGUAAAAUCAAAAACAAAACAAGACAAGACAAAAAAAACCGAAAACAAUAGAAACUCCGUCACGUCACAUUUAAGACCGAUCGACAAAAAAUGUAUCUCUAGAGGCAAAGAUUUUUACAUUUUGUUUUCAAUUUAGUAUUUUUGUUGUUAUUUUAUUUAUCCUCUUUGUAAUAAGAUUAGAUAUGAUUUACACGAA